UGACCACAAAGUCGUUGAGAGCAGACCGAAAAAUGCUGUUUUUAAUAUAUUUGUUCGUCGCUGUAUCAGCGUUGGUGGCAUAUUUUUUGCACUACAAUUUGAAUUAUUGGAAAAAUCGAGGAAUACCCCAAGAUCCACCACAUCCAUUCUAUGGAAAUAUGGUCGGAUUUAGAAAAAAUCGUAUAGUUCACGAUAUUUUUAAGGAGUACUACAACAAAUUUCGAAAGACAAAUCAUCCGUUUGUGGGCUUCAGUUUCCUGCAAAAGAGGAGCGCCUUUGUAAUGGAUAUCAAACUGGCCAAGAAUAUUUUAAUUAAGGAUUUCACAAACUUUACUGAUCGCGGACAGUUCCACAAUGAACGCGAUGAUCCUCUGACUGGACAUCUCUUCAAUUUGGAUGGCAAACGUUGGAAAGAGCUGCGCCAAAAACUAUCGCCCACCUUCACAUCUGGCAAAAUGAAGUUCAUGUUCCCAACUAUUAUCAAAGUAUCUGAGGAGUUCGUACGUGUCAUGUUUGAUGAAGUGCCAGUUAAAUCCGGCGGGUCUAUUAUCGAAAUCAAGGAUCUUAUGGCUCGUUUUACAACUGACGUUAUCGGCACAUGCGCUUUUGGAAUUGAAUGCAAUACUCUUCGCACUCCCGAAUCUGACUUCCGUAAAAUGGGUCAAAAGUUCUUCACCGAAACCCGACACGGAACUUUAUUAUCGGGUUUGAUAUUCAGUUUUCCUAAUCUGGCACGAAAGCUGCGAAUGCGCGUGAUUUCUGAGGAUGUCCACCAGUUCUUCAUGGGAUUGGUUAAUGAAACCGUCGCAUACAGAGAGAAGGAAAAUAUCAAACGGAAUGAUUUUAUGGAAAUGCUAAUUGAACUGAAGCAGAAAGGUAGUUUUACGAUGGAUAAUGGCGAGGUGGUUACAGGAUUGGACGUUGGUGAACUGGCAGCUCAAGUUUUUGUAUUCUAUUUGGCCGGCUUCGAGACCUCCUCUUCAACAAUGAGCUACUGCUUAUAUGAACUGGCCCAGCAUACAGAUAUUCAGCAGAAGUUGAGGGAAGAUAUUAAGAAUGUUCUGCAGCAACACGAUGGAAAACUGACCUACGAAAGUAUAAAGGCUAUGAGAUAUUUGGAUCAGGUUAUAUCGGAAACUCUUCGCCUGUAUACGCUUGUGCCUUUCUUGAUGCGCAAGGCUCUUAGCGAUUAUGUUGUUCCCGGUAAUUCCAAAUAUAUUAUAGAGAAGGGGACUCAAGUUAUGGUGCCCGCAGCCGCUUAUCACCGAGAUGAAGACUUUUAUCCCGAUCCGGAGAAAUUCGAUCCUGAUCGAUUUUCAGCAGAGAAAGUUGCAGCUCGAGACUCUGUUGAAUGGUUGCCCUUCGGCGAUGGUCCCAGAAAUUGUAUUGGCAUGCGUUUUGGCCAAAUGCAAUCACGAGUUGGCCUGGCCCAGUUGAUACAGAACUUCAAGUUCUCAGUGUGUGAGAAGACCGAUAUACCUCUUAAACAUGACCCCAAGUCGCUUGUGCUGGGCACAGUUGGCGGCAUUUAUCUGCGAGUGGAGCGAGUUUAAGAUUACAACGCAAAAAUAUUGUUAUAUUAUUAUAGCUGUUUACAAUUAUUUGUGUAAUAACCCACAAAUUCUCAAUGUAAAUAUAUGUAAAAGAAAUAAAGGAAUAAAUCAGCAUAAUACAUACAAUUAUUAAUUAUAA